AUGCCGUCGGCAGGCACCAAGGGCCGCGCGCUGCUGCCACCGGGUCGCUGCCCGACGUCCCCGUCGCCACGCCGUCGUGGUGCCGCUCCUGCCUUCCCGCGCGAUCCCCUCUCGUUCUCGCAUGCCGCUGCCGUCGCUCUCCCCGAGAUGCCACGUCCUCCUUUGGCGCCGCCGCUCUCAGCGCCGCCGCCGGUUCUCGCAUCGCCGUCCGCCAGAUCACCACCGCCCGUCGCCGCCCGCUUGCGACGCCGCCUGCCGGACGCGCCCUCCGCACUGCUCGCCGCUCCGACGGUGGCAAGCAACAGCUUCGACGGAGGUGGCGAGCAGAGGGCCGGUGGUGCUCGGGCUUGCGCGGCCGACGGCGAUAAGCAGAGAGGCGGCAGCUGCGAGCAGAGGGAUGGCCGUGCUCAAGCCUGCGGGGCCGACGACGGCGAGCAGAGGGACGGCGGUGCUCGGGUGCGUGCCGACGACAGCGAGUAG